CGGGAGCGGCUUUGGCCGCGGCCGGAGACUGAAGCGAAGGCGGCGGUAGAGGAGAAGGAGGAGAGAUGACUGUGGCGGCGAAGGCGAUGGCGACACGGGGCACAUGAGGCGGCGGCCGGCAGGACGGGCCGAGGCCCGGCGGAGGAGGCGGCUCCGGGGGACCCCGCCGGCAGAGGGAAUCUGGAAAACUUGUGAGCAAAACAUCAUUUCUCUAAGAAAAUUUUGGAUAACAGAAAUUCUGGAUAACAGGGCGAACCAGUUCAGUCACCAUGAGUUGGAGCUUCCUCACUCGCCUGCUAGAGGAGAUCCACAACCACUCCACGUUUGUGGGGAAGAUCUGGCUUACUGUAUUGAUCGUCUUCCGGAUCGUCCUUACAGCUGUAGGAGGAGAGUCCAUCUAUUACGACGAGCAAAGCAAGUUUGUGUGCAACACAGAGCAGCCAGGCUGCGAGAACGUCUGCUAUGAUGCCUUUGCACCCCUCUCCCACGUGCGCUUCUGGGUGUUCCAGAUCAUCCUGGUGGCCACCCCCUCAGUGAUGUACCUGGGCUAUGCCAUUCAUAAGAUUGCCAAAAUGGAGCACGGUGAAGCAGACAAGAAGGCCACUCGGAGCAAACCCUAUGCAAUGCGUUGGAAACAACACCGGGCACUGGAAGAAACAGAAGAGGACCAUGAAGAGGAUCCCAUGAUGUAUCCAGAAAUGGAAUUAGAAAGUGAAAAAGAAAAUAAAGAUCAGAACCAAUCUAAACCUAAGCAUGAUGGCCGACACCGGAUUCAGGAGGAUGGGCUCAUGAAAAUCUACGUGCUGCAGCUGCUGGCAAGGACCGUGUUUGAGGUGGGUUUUCUGAUAGGGCAGUACUUUCUGUAUGGCUUCCAAGUCCACCCAUUUUAUGUGUGCAGCAGGCUUCCUUGCCCUCAUAAGAUAGACUGCUUUAUUUCUAGACCCACUGAAAAGACCAUCUUUCUUCUGAUAAUGUAUGGUGUUACAGGCCUUUGCCUAUUGCUUAACGUUUGGGAGAUGCUUCAUUUAGGAUUUGGGACAAUUCGAGACUCACUAAACAGUAAAAGGAGGGAACUGGAAGAUCCGGGUGCUUAUAAUUAUCCUUUCACUUGGAACACACCAUCUGCUCCCCCUGGCUAUAACAUUGCCGUCAAACCAGAUCAAAUCCAGUACACCGAACUGUCCAACGCUAAGAUUGCCUACAAGCAAAACAAGGCCAACAUCGCCCAGGAACAACAGUAUGGCAGCCAUGAGGACAACCUCCCAGCUGACCUGGAGACUCUGCAGAGGGAAAUCAAAAUGGCUCAGGAACGCCUGGAUCUGGCAAUCCAGACCUACAAUCACCAAAACAACCACCAUGGUCCCCGGGAAAAAAAAGCCAAAGUGGGGUCCAAAGCUGGGUCCAACAAAAGCAGUGCUAGUAGCAAAUCAGGGGAUGGGAAGACCUCCGUCUGGAUUUAAUCUUGGCUGGGCUUAAAACUUGUGCUUUUCAUAGUUCAUGGUAAGCAGCGGCUCACUGAAUAAUGACUUCCAUUGAGUAAACAUUUGGCUCUGGUUAUUUUCAGGGAUGCUGUUGGCUCAUGAUGCAAGCUCAGGGGACCCUGAAGGUGGGGCUGGGACAAAGGGGAAAGAACGGGAAACACUGUUCCUGGACACAUGUUCCAGCAAUAAUACAGUUGCAGAACUUUACAUUUGUGUCUUCCAGAUCUGGAAAAGAACAGAUAUAUUUAAAUCAUUCUUGUUGAACAGUUUUUGUAUGUACAGUAUUAUGGUACUUUUUUUUUUGUAUUUGUAUA